CCACAGGCACAAAUGUCAGCUCAGGGCUCAGCGCAGAGGAGCGCCAAACAGAAGACAUGCAGAUGUGUGUGUGCGCCUCUCGGGUCUGCCGCUACUCACAACACCCCCCAUCAACGACAGGACUCAGUCACAGCUUCCCUCCCCACUGAUGAGUGACCCAUCGCGUGGUCUGGACAAAGACAAAGGCUGAAAAACAUGGAGACAGACAGUGUGAGCAUAUGGCCACGCAUGGAACCCUUCUUACUGGGUGCCCUGCAGGUGGCCCCCUCAUCCAAGCUCAGCCUGCACUAUCUUCGCAAGAUGGCAACCUACGUGCAAACACGGGACGGCUGCUUCCCCAUUCUGAGCUGGCCCAUGUGGAGGCAUAUUGCCUGUGGAAAGCUCCAGCUUCCAGAAGACAUUGCAUGGCUCUACUUUGAGACCUUUGACCUUCUUAUCGGCCACACUCCAGAGGAGAGGCUGGAGUGGGCAGAGUGUCUUUCCCAGUGCUCUUGCAAAAGCGAUCUGGACCAACAAAGGAGCAAGUUGUCUGUUGACACACUGCAGUUCCUCCUCUUCCUCUACAUCCAGCAGCUGAACCGCGCGUCUCUGCGUACCUCUCUGAUCGGUGAAGAGUGGCCCAGUCUUCGCACUCGCUCCCCGUCUCCAUCAGACCGAGAGGCCAAGACCAGCUCCCAGAACAAGAACUGGGAUGAUCAGGCCCACCUGUCGUUUGUGCAAAGCCAUCUCGCUGAGAUUCUGGAGCUGCUGGUGGAGCCGGGCCAACUGUCCCAGUCUGGACAGGCCCUCAGAGAUUGCCAGAUAUCCCUGGAGGCUGUGCGGAGCUUGGGUCUGCUCUUGGAGGGCUCAGUCGGCCACGGCACAGCUGUUCAGCCUGUCCACAGGCUUUUGGCCAAAGGGCCACUGCAGACACCAGCCGGCUACUCCACCCUCAGCCGCUCCUUCCCUCUGCACAAGCUACUCUCAUGUCUCCAGCAAAGCCUCACACUCAACCCCUUCGGGAUGACCGCCUGCCUGCGCUCAGGCAAGAAACUAGCCUGGGCUCAACAAGUGGAGGGGGCCAUGAAGAGAGCCAGAAUAGCCCGAAACACCCACAUGGCUCCACCUGGUAGUAAAAUAGUCCUGAUGUCGCAAGUCUUCAAACAGACGCUGGCUAAAACCUCAGACAAGCUGACCGGCGCCAACAUCAAAAUCCACAGAUGCUCAGACGCCUUCAUAUAUCUUCUCUCACCUCUCAGAUCCGUCAGUGUGGACAAAUGUCGUAACUGCACCGUGUUUCUGGGUCCUGUCGAGACCAGCGUCCACAUCCACGGCUGCCAGAACCUGCGGGUGGUGUGUGUGUCCGGCAGGAUCGCCGUCGGUGUCUCCUCACGUUGCACUAUCCACACCUUGACGCCCACCCGCCCCUUGCUCCUACCUGGAAACACAGACAUUACACUGGGGCCUUUCCACACUUUCUACCCGUCCCUGGAGGAUCACAUGGCCAGCGUGGGGCUGGCCGUGGUGCCCAAUGCCUGGGAUCGACCCUUGCUCCUGGGGACCGAGGGCCUCGUCAACCCCUCACUCAACACGACUUCCAACCCGGACCCUGUCUGCUACCGCCUGCUGCCCCCGGCCGAGUUUCACACGCUGGUUGUGCCGUUCCAGAUCGAGGGCGACACGUGUGAGGUGCCGGGGGGAUUACCUCCUCCGUAUCAGGCAGCGCUGGACAACAAGCAGAAGAGGAUCCAGAACUGGCAGAAGACUGUGAUGGAGGCCCGGCUGAACAAGGAGCAGAAGCGGCAGUUCCAGGAGUUGGUGGAGGUCAAGUUCCACGAGUGGCUUCUGGAAACGGGGCAUAGGCAGGAACUGGACAGCCUUAUCCCGCCCAUCAUCGCCUCUUUAAAGGACUCCAAUGGACCUGCAGCGGAGCCGCCGCACGUUAAUGAUAACAAACACAUACGGACUGGACGGGCAGUGGGACAGUCUCCUAUGGCUUGUUGAAUUCUGACAUUUGGAGUAUUCUUAUUUUACAGUAUGGAAGUGGAUACCACUGGUUCCUGAGUGGAAGGCCGGGCUGCUCUACAAGUCCUUCUGAAGAAAAGGCAGCUACCAUGUGUGUGAGCCAAGUAGGGAGUGGAUUGGCAUCGCAAAGGACUUAUAAUGACUUGCAACAACACGGGUGUAGCAUCUGUUGAGUUGCCACAGGGCGUUUUGAACACGCUUAGAUUUGGGUGAGGAGCUGAGGAGGGAGGAAGCUCUGACCUGCCAGUCAAACACACGCCCUGAAACAUCUUCUCUUAUCGCUCUUUAAUGUAAUAAUGAUUCUCAAAACCUACAUUGACACACGUUUGAGAAUUGAAGUCCACUAUAUAGUUGGAUAUUCUGCACGUUUAACAUGAUAUAUAAUAUAGUUUUGCUGUUUCUUUGUGGAACAAUUAUUACAAAUGAUUGUUUCAGGGGUGAAAUGUUCCUUUAACACUUAAAGCACUUGGUAUUCGCACGCUGCUUUAGGAGAAGCUGUGGAUCAACGUGCUCGAGUUCCUGGGGAACAGACGCUGUGAACACGUCUCUGUUCUGUAAAGAAAGUAAAAUAAAUGGGUAUUAAGGACGUGUUCGUGCUCCUACAGUUACUAGCUCAGGUCAUAGUAUUGUUUUGUGUUAAUAGAAUAUAAAAGAUUAAUAGCAAUCAAGUGUUUUCCAUUAAGGAGGAAAAAAGGAAGAAAUAUUAACAUAAUUUAUUGCACCGUCCAAACUGUCAACACUUCUUCACUUUGCUCUCCAUGAACUGAAGUUUUCUCGUGCGUUUUGCCCAAUUACUGAUCCCACAGCGCCGCAUCAGUGACGACACGACGUGUGUGUCCGGGAUUAACCUUCGUUUCUCCAGUACGACCCAAGUUGCUGAUUUGCCAAAUGAGGCAAAAUGUAACACACUUCUGCCUGAUGUUUUCUAAACGUCUACUUUUUGUAUUAAUUCACCUGUAUGAGUAUGAAUAUGAGUAUGAAUAUGAGUAUGAAUAUGAGUAUGAAUAUGAAUAUGAGUAUGAAUAUGAGUAUGAGUAUGAGUAUGAGUAUGAAUAUGAGUAUGAGUAUGAGUAUGAAUAUUUUAGCAUAAGAUUAUUUUUCAUAAUUCUACCUUGCCUCCUGAAGCACUGCUUAGCAUUGAAUACGUUGCAUUACACACAGUAGAACUGCUGCACGUGUCUUCUGAGAUGUGAUCGUACUGCGACGCCUUACUGCUGGAACACGCAGCUCGAUGCAGAUUCUAUACCGAGAGCACAAUAUAGUUUUUUAUUGUAGGAAACAUUAAUAAAGAUUUUGACUAAAA